AUGUCGCUCCAGCCCAUCAAGCUCUAUGGCCACGGCCCCGGCCCCAAUCCCUGGAAGGUCAUUAUGGUCUUCGAGGAACUCAACAUCCCCUACAUCCACACUAUCGUCGACUUUGCCGACAUGAAGAAAGAGCCCUUCGAGUCUAUCAACCCAAAUGGCCGUGUUCCAGCCAUCGAAGACCCAAAUACUGGCAUCACCCUCUGGGAGUCCGGUGCCAUCGUCGAGUACCUGGUCGAGACCUACGACAAGCAGCACACCAUCAGCUUCAAUGCAGGCUCCAAGGACUACUUCCUUGCUAAGCAAUGGCUGCACUUCCAGGUGUCUGGCCAGGGUCCCUACUUCGGCCAGGCGGUUUGGUUUACCCGCUACCACUCGGAGAAGGUCGAGAGUGCGAAGGAGCGCUACGUGAAGGAGAUUCGCCGUGUCUCGAGCGUGCUGGACCGGUUCCUUGCGGACAAGGAGUACCUCGUUGGUGGCCAGUUCAGCUAUGCUGAUCUUGCUUUCAUCCCGUGGUUCCUAAUCACUCCCAUGUUUGACAUCGAACUGGCUACGGAGUUUCCCAAUGUUGAUGCUUGGUUAAACCGCCAGAAGGCCCGUCCCGCUAUUGCGAAGGCCUUGCAUGCUCGGGAUGAGGCGAUGGCGGCGCACUAG